AUGUCCGAGAGCGACUUUUCUUCUGAUCAGGAAAGCAAUGAUUCUGAUUCAGAGCUCCAGUUGGCUUUUGCAGAAGGAAAGUUAUCUGGUGGCUUGAAUAUCCAACAAGUAGCGCCAAAAGUCUGUAGAAAUGAUGUGGAAGGGUUAAAAGUAAAGCUGGCAGAACUCAAGAAUGACCUAGGUUGGCUGGAGAGACUGGACUUGACCAAUAAACCAGCUCCCGCACAACCAGGAACAGAUAUGGUUGGUGAUGAAGAUGUCCAUGAUGACUUUAAGAGAGAGUUAACUUUUUAUCGACAAGCCCAGGCCACUGUUCUGCAAGGUAUUAAACAGCUUCAGAAACUUGGAGUGAAGACCAAACGACCUGAAGACUAUUUUGCACAAAUGGCAAAAUCUGAUGAUCAUAUGAAAAUGGUUAGAGAAAAGUUAUUGGAAAAGCAGGUUUCCAUGGAAAGAUCUGAAAAAGCAAAGAAAAUGAGAGAAUUGCGGAAAUAUGGUAAAAAGGUUCAACAUGAAGUUUUACAGAAACGGCAGAAAGAGAAAAGAGAAAUGUUGGAUGCUGUGAAAAAAUAUAAAAAAGGACAGAAAGAUAAGCUGGAUUUCUUGGAUGACAAAGGGCCACCUAAUAAGAAACAGAAGACUGGUCAAAAGCAAGAAAAUCACAUCAACAAAAAAAGGGAAUUCAAAAAUAAGAAGUUUGGUUUUGGAGGUCAGAAGAAGAGAUCAAAGAUGAACACUGCCAAGAGCUCUGCUGACAUGUCCGACUUUAAUCCCUACGUUCACCAGAAAAAGCAUGGCAGCAAGUCAGGAGGAAAGAAAUCAAAUCCAAAAAAGAAGGGACCAGCUAAGAGACCAGGAAAGUCAAAAAGGCAGCAGAUGAAAAGCAAGAAGCGCUAAACUGCAUUGUUCAUGGUUUUUUUUGUAAAUAAAUGUAAAAUUGUU